AUAAAUAUAUUAAAAUUUUCCAUUUUUAAACCUUAGUUAUAUUACGGUUUUAAAAGAUAAUAUUAUAAGAUUUAUAGGCGUGUUAUCAUAAACUAUUUUAACCAAAACCGGUGUCGGAUGAUAACACUACAAAAUCAAUGAUAACGUAAAACACUCACAAAAGUAUUAUAAAAAACAAAAUUUGCUUUGAAACAAGUUAAUGUUGUAAUUAUCUACUUUUGAACAUUUUUUAAAAGAAAUAAACAAUUUUCCUAGACAUAUAUAAUAUAAUGCUUCGUAAUAAUUUUAUAAUUGUUAUCAAGCACUGCCGAAUCGAUGUGGGAAAUUUGAUUUUUAAAAGAAAUGCUGGCCAUAAUAAAUGGUCUAAUAUUAAACACAUAAAAGGUGCAAACGAUCAGCAAAAAUCUCAAUUAUUUCAAAAAUUUAGCAGACAAAUGAAAAUAGCAAUAAGAGAACAAAAUGAUUCAAACCCAGAAACAAAUUCAAAACUUGCCUCAAUUAUUGAAAUGGCAAAAAAGAACAGUAUGCCAAAAGAUACAAUAUUAAAUGCUUUGAAAACUUAUUCGACUAGUAAAGCAGAAUUAGUUUGGUUUGAAAUAAAAGGACCAAAAGGUGCUAUAUUAUUAAUUCAAGGUUUGACUGACAAUCCAAAAUUAUUGAAACAAAAUUUAAAUACAGUAGUUAGAAAAUCAGGCUUAGCUUACUGUGAUUCUGGUGCAAAACAUUUAUUUGUACAUCAAGGAAUUAUAAUAGCUAAACCACCGGCAGUUAUGACAGAUGCAGAAGAAUUGUGUGUAGAACAUGCAAUUGAAGCUGGAGCUGAAGAGGUUGAAACUGAAGAUGAGGAUUUAGAGCCUGGUUAUUUUAAAUUUAUUUGUGAACCAAAUGCUCUCAACAAAGUUCGUUCCAAAUUGGAGAGCUACAACUAUGAAAUAAUAGUUGCCGAAGAAGAUCAUGUUGCUAGACAAAAGGUGAAAUUAAAUGAUGUAGAGAAUGAUUUUAUUAAUAAAUUUAUUUCUAAUCUAGAAACAUUACCAGAUAUUCAUCAAACAUAUUCAAAUAUAGUGUAAAAAUAUUUUUUUAUAUACAUUUUACCUGAUUGUUUGUUAA